AACCAAUUACUUGGGCCUUUGUGUCCUUUGGUUUUGGUAACUAUCUGUUAUAGUUCAGCUGUUUGUCACAAAGUAAAGCUUGUCAUAUAAUUUAUUUUUCUCAGAUUGCUGUUUUUUCUGUUUGUUCAAUAAUAUUUGGCAGAAAAGUUGUGUUGGCUGUCCCUUUUUCCUCAACCAGUCUGAAGAGAUGUCGCAAUGAUGACUGCUUUUACCAUGUUUUGUCUGCACUAUGCGAAUCACAGGGCAACAUAGUGAGUGGGUAGACUGAAAUGAAUGGAAAAAAUGAAAAGAAAAAAAGAAAAGAAGUGGAGAAAGACAGAGAAAGAGGGGUGGAUCCUCCAGAGAGAUGAGUGUAGGGAGUCAACAGUAUCACAGCAGAGGAGAGCUGAAAGCUUCUUUCCAUCUUGAGACUUUUCUCAUGAAGAGCUAGUAGGAUUCUUCAUCUCUGAUGAUUCUAUAGCCACGUCAGGACCUUCAUGUGAUAGUUCUGACAAAACAGCCAACAUGGACCACAUGAAUAGAAGUAAACUGCAACAUAUACGACAGACACACCAGGUUCUACAGAGUACUCCUUUAGACCUAAUUGAGAGUGGCAAGUCCUUGAAAGUCCAGGCAGAGCGCCCCCACCUGGUCAGUCUGGGAAGUGGUCGACUGAGCACAGCGAUCACUUUGUUACCACUGUUGGAAGGAAGAACCACACUGGGCAGUGAGGGGUCAGACAUCCCUCUGCAGGGUCCUGGUAUUGCAGCGCAGCAUUGCUACAUUGAAAAGGAGGCAAGCAUUUUCACCUUGUACCCAUGUGGAAACCAGUGUUCUGUGGAUGGCUUCACCAUGACCAAACCGUAUCGCCUGACACAAGGGUGCAUGCUGUGUUUUGGCAAGUCAGCCUUUUUCCGCUUUAACCAUCCAGAAGAGGCCAGAAGGAUGAAGAGCAUGCUGCCUGGAGGAAACCAAGAACUAGUUUCUGCAAAAACUAUGCCUACUGACUCGCAUUGUGAAAAUGGAAACUAUCAGUCUUUUUCAAGCAACACUAAUCCUAAAAUCAACAACAUUGCAAAGAGCCUCCAGGACUCCUUGAUUCUAAAACCACCAUCAUCAGGAUCUGGGAUACAGCCUGUUCCUCAGCCCUCUCCUCCAAACAUGUUUAAUGGAAGAAACAGCUCCAUGAGAGAGGACUCAGUUUUUGAAAACUCUUGGGGCCAGAACUUUAGCAACAAUACCACUCCAUUCCCUUUCCGGUCUAUCCAAACUCCUGUCCCCAAUCCACGGACCUCACUGUCUCUUGCCUCAAGCAGUCAUAGCAGUGGACAGAAGGCCCGGGAGAGCCCAAACCUGCUUAGGAACUUAAGGUCAAGCCCCACACCACCUAGUACAGUGUCAGGACAGGGCGCAGAAAACUCUAGCCAAACUCAUAAAUCAUCAUCAGUGAGAGAGCAGGGUCAGUAUGUAUCUGAAACAGAUGUCCCUCAACAGCUCAGAACCAUGGAGCUGCUUGGGCCCCCCAGCCUGAGAGAACUUCCUUCUCUCUGUAGAGGGACUGCAGCAUCGCAGCGCCCAAAUUCCUCACAAGGCCUCACUGCCAAGCCUGUCCCUGAGAGCCCACAGAUCCACCGUAAACUCACAACAAAAGCAGAAGCUCUGUUGGCGACGUAUGACCACACGCCGCCACUUUCUCGGCCAUCUCUUACGUCUCCACUUGCAAGCCCUAGUAGCCAAAGAAAAAAGUCCUGUUUGACAGUGACAGAAUUCUCCACCAAGCAACACAAUCUCCCUAAGCUAUAUACACGUGAACACAAGAACAGCAUCUCUGAGAUUAGUGACAAUGAGGACGAGCUGCUGGAAUAUCAUCGCUGGCAGAGAGAGGAGAGGCUACGAGAGCAGGAAAUGGAAAAACUGGAGCGACAGAGGCUGGAGAACAUCCUGAAUUUGUGUGCAGAGUAUAAUCAAGAGGGCAGUUCUAUGGAGCUGGCUGAGGUGGUGAGGAGGGGGCUGCUGGGGCGUGCUGCAGGAUCCUGCUCACACACAGCAGAGGGGAUGUUCCUUCAGAGUGCAGACAGUCUGCAGGGGGUGAGACAGAAUGAUGAGGACACCCAGAGAGAGGAGUCCAGCAGCACAGAGAGCACACAUCAGGAGUGUGAUGAGCUAUUGGCAGGACAUGAGCAGGUCUACCUGCAGGAGGAGAGGAACAGGAUCCUAGGCAGGGUUGAUGACUUGAAGCACAGAGUCAGUGAUUUGGAGCAGCGGCUACAAGAGACCAAACGCGAGGCGGAAAUGGAACAAGCCCUGCUGCAGACAGAGACACAGGCAGAGCAGGAACAGGUGGAGGCUGAAAAUGAAACUAUCGCUCAGCUGCAGUUAAAACUCAACCAGCUGGACAAGGCCAUCCAGAAGAAGAAGGAUGAGGGCAGGGCUAAUGUGUCAGCUGAGCGGAAGGUCCUGGAAAAGCAGAGGAAUGAAUACAAUGAGCUGAAGAGGGAGUUUGAUAAGUGCCCCUUGUCUCUAAGAGAACAGUUACAGGAGCAGCUCAGCAGGAAAGCUGAAACACUGGAGUGGGGGACCAAGCAGUUUGAAGAGCUGGAGUUCUGUCAGCUGGAGGUGGAGAGCAGUUUGGAGGAGAAGAAGGAGAAGCAGAGCUUGCAGUUUCUCCAACAGCGAGCCGAGUAUCACUGCAGCUUGGCCAAGAGGAAGGUGGGAAUGCAUGGAAAUAAACAUAUGGAGAAGAUGGCUGCUCUGGAAGCUCAAGUGCAGCAGUUGGGGUUACAGGCAGCACAAGACUGUGAAAGAAUGCUUAAAGACAGGACACUGACUCUGCAGCUUUUACAGAAGGAACAAAACAGGUUGUGUACUCUGGAGAAGAGAUACCACGCUUGGACUGGAGAGAGCAAUUUCCCAAAGCCCUGCAACAGCAGCCGCGUGAAAGAGGAAUUGCUUCACAUCAGCGAACCUGACCUUGUUUAUGUGGAUGAUGCUGAUAGACCCUGUCCCUCCUCUGCCUCCUCCUUCUCCUACUCCUCUCAUUUUCCUUCCCCUGCACUCUGUCCUGUUGGACUGCAAGAGGAGUACCUCAGGCUGUCUGAUGUCUAUAAGAUGUAUGGAAAUGUUUGUAUGCAGCCUCAUUCUUCUUCCCCUGCUGCUCUCCACUGCCCCCUCCCUGCUGUGGCUCCAGCUCUUCCAAGCGAGGACUACAUCACAGUCAGUCAGUUAAGUCAGAUUUUUGGGAUGAAGAGACUGAAUCCCUCAGCUUCUGCCUCUAUUCCAUCAUUCCCACUUGCCUCUGAAUCCUGGCACUCCAAUGCAUGUGGUCCUUCUUCCUUUCUAUCUGCAAAGAGUCAGCCUGAGCUGAGCAGAAAUGCAAUGCCUCCUAUUAUUCUGGAGCGCUGGUACCAGGAUAUCAUGGCUGCUGGAGAGCCUCACUCAUGUCCUCCACCAUUGCCUGCCAAGUCUUUUUCCACACGCAGACAUGGGCAGCUACUUAAGUCCAAAUCAGACUGUGAGGAUGAGCAGAUGGCGUUAUGCUGUCCUGUCAGCAAUGCUGGAUCCCUGUCACACUCCAACUCAACUGCUGUUGAGAAAAAUGAGGUGCCCAAGGGAUUACAGUUAGUGCUGGGAGAGAUGGCAAACCCAUUAGACAUGGACCCCAGGAGGCAGGUGGUUGUGCAGAGCAAAGAUGUGUUUCCCUCUCCCUCGGCUUAUCACUCCAUCCUGAAUCGUCAGUCACCAUCGGGUGGAAACCAGGCAUAUGACACCCUAAGCCUGGAGAGUUCAGACAGCAUGGAGACCAGUGUCUCCACUGGCAACUCUGCAUGUACCCCAGAAAGCACCUGCGGGUUAGAGGCCCAUAGGAUAGAAGAGAUGGAGAGGAUGUUGAAGGAAGCACAGCAAGAGAAAGCCAGACUGAUUGAGAAACGAGAGAGGGAGGUGCAGGCUAGACGACAGAUGUUGGAGGAGGAGCGGGGGAGGAGAGAGGAAGCCGAGAGGAGGCUUCGGGACGAGGCGGCCCACAGGCAGAGGCUGGUAGAGGAGGAGGUGAAGAUGAGAGAGAAACACUUCUCCCAGGCCCGGCCAAUGACACGUUAUUUGCCCAACCGAAAGGAGGAGUUUGACCUGCGUGCCCAUGUGGAGUCAUCUGGCCACAGCAUAGAUACCUGCCCCUUUGUAAUCCUCACAGAGAAGCUGUGUAAAGGCCACCUGGUAAAGAUGGGUGGUAAAAUCAAAUCAUGGAAGAAACGCUGGUUUGUCUUCGACCGUCUCAAGAGAAACUUCUGCUAUUACAUCGACAAGCAUGAAACCAAGCUGAAAGGACAGAUUUACUUUCAGGCUAUCGAGGAGGUGUAUUAUGAUCAUCUACGCAGUGCCACUAAGAGUCCCAAUCCCUCUUUGACCUUCUGUGUGAAAACCCACGACCGACUUUACUACAUGGUGGCCCCAUCCCCAGAGGCCAUGAGGAUCUGGAUGGAUGUCAUAGUAACAGGUGCUGAAGGCUACACACAGUUCAUGAGCUGAGGGACCAGCGGGCAACAGAUGAGGGGAGAUGAUGGGAUGGAUGCUCCCUUCUGAUUGUGCCGAGGCUGGAGCUGAGAUGGAUGAUAUACAGCAAAUGUGUUAUAAAUGGACAUCUGUAUGACAUGAAUGUUUAUAAUAUGUAAGAAGGAUAAAUAGACUGAACAAACUGCCAAAGAAACAAGACCACAUUUAAUACAUUCUGUUAAGGACGAUAUCCUUUUUGAGGUUUUGAGAGGAACACUUUUGUCAUAUAAGCUCAAACUGUUUACACUUCCAAUUUGUUGAUUUCUGCAUGCAGUGUUAUCACUCUAACUGAUGCCUUUUCCCCUUUUGAUACAUAUGUAAUUUGCUAAACAUUUCUCAGAUGAGAAAAACAUUUAUAAUAUUCGAAAACACAUUUUAGUAACGUGUGCCCGCACCUCCAUGCACGCCUCGAGCUGGAACCCGUUCAUUUACCGCACGGUACUAGUUUAUUUUCAGUUCUAGUUAUUUUCAGCACCGCAUGUCGGGCUGUGGAGCCACUGCAACGUGUGCAACAACUGCAUCAGAGCGGGUCCCCGGCCUCCCGUUCCACGUUUCGAGGGGAUCGGGCAACGUACUGCAAAGUUAGAGGGCACUUCCUGUUUGAAAUGGCCGACUUCCUGUUGGGUCAAAGGUGUGUCCGUAAACGUGUUCAGAGAAGUUUCCUUGUCUUACAUAUGAAAGUUUGUGCAGAUCAUACAAUGUUAGACUUCACUUCCUGUUUCGAGCGUUCCACUGCCUGUUGGGAGGUCAUCUUUUACAGACAUGUUCAGGACAGGUCCCUGGUGUCACAUCCGAUGUAUAAAACAAUCCCUGUUUGAGCAGUAAAUGUCAUAUUGUCUGCUGUCACCAGGGGGCAAUGUUUUCAAAAUUGAAUAUUUUUGUAUAGACAUCUUCAGGGCUGGACUAUCAUCAAUCCUAGCAAGUUUGGUUCAGAUCGGACCAGGAUUCGCAAAGUUGUAACAGUUUGUUUUUUUGUCGCAAAAAUCUGACUUGCAUUGUUGCCAACACCAUAUAACGAUGCAUGAUCAUAUUCAACACGCAUCAUCUAUCAUGUGUCUUCAGUGUAUUCAGCAAUUUUGAGUUGGAUACGAUGAUCUCUGUAAAAGGUAUUCCCAGAAUCGUAAAGAAACAGAAAAAAAUAUUCUGCCACCACCAGGAGGUGCUGUUUUCAAAACGUACCAUUUUCAGCAACUACCCAUCAUCAGUUUGUUUGGGAUCGGACCUUCCAUCGCAAAGUUAUAAGAGUUUUGUUGUGUGUUGAGAAAAAUCCGAAUUUUCGCCAACUUUGGCACCCCCUAUCUUGUACGCAAUGCGACAUUUUAAAAAACGUUCAAAAACUCUAGAUCCUCAACGGGUCCACAGCAACCUCACCAAGUUUGAAGGUGAUCGCACAAAAGCUCUAGGACAAGUUUGUUCAAAUAUCAAAUGUCAUGUUGUCUGCCGUCACCAGGGGGUGCUGUUUUCGAAAUUGAAUAUUUUAUUAUAGACGUCUUCAGGGCCGGACUAUCACCAAUCCUAAUUGCCGACCCUUUUAUAAGAGUCUAUUUUAGCCAGAUUAGUACAGUACAAAUGUCAAUUCAUUAAUGUAUUUUACAUAACAACAAAACUUCAUAUUUACAUUUUAACAAAAAUAUAUACAUUUUGGUUCUAUAGUAUACAUAAAUACUUUAUAUCUAAUUAAUAAAGAUGUAUAAUGCUUGUUUUUCUCGUCGUUUCCUAAAUUAGUGUUUCACACAAGCAAGUAAUGAAUGACCUUCCUUCUUUAAAUACCACUUUAUGCUUAUAUUCAUAGAGAACACACAAGACACUCCACUAUUUACACAUGAACAGUCAGGUGUUUUUGAUCGGAUCAUUAUAUCAUUAACUAAUUUCUCUAGCCGUUACGAUUACGAUAUAGACCUUACGAUUAUAAGGCAUGUAUUUAACAGGAAGUGAAAUUGCAUGACACGUCUGAAUGAUUCAACCUGAAGAAAUUUAUGGGAAGAAAAAAAAAAAAAGGAGAUGUUUGCGUUUCUUUUCACAUGAAAUCCUCAAUGUAAAUACUGUAUAUUCACUUGUUUUCUCACUUCUCGUGCUUGGUGUCUGUGUUCUUGUAUUUCUUUCCGAUUUAGGACCUUUUCUGCUACAAACACUGACCUUGUCAGGGCCAGUGGUCCACAUGGAGACUGGCGGUAGCUCAGUGGUAGAGAGUUGUCUUUCAACUCAAAGGUUGUGGGUUCGGGUCUGGACUCCGCUAGUCUACAUGCUGAUGUGUUCUCGGGCAAGACACUUAACCUCUCGACGGCUGUGAUGACUGAUGUGCUGUAUGAAAGUGAAUGGCAAAACUGUAGUGUAAAGCAGCUUUGAGAGGUCAUCAAGACUAGAAAAGUAGGAUAUAAAUACUUACCAUUAGGACCAGGUUUUUGUCCUCACAAGGUCUGUGUUUAUGAAAGAAGAGAUCGUAAAGAUGUAACAUAUACAAGUAUACACACACACACAAACAAAUUUCCUCUGAGAAGCUACACAUAUUGUAACCAAAUGCCAUGUUUUCUUCAUAUGUUCAAAGAGGGGCAAAAGCUGAGGACAAUAAAUUGGGAGGGAGGUGAUGAUGAAAUUAUGGUGUAACCCUUACAAAUCUACCAUCCAUGCACUUGGCAUGCAGCACUGAUUUUUUUCUGACUUCUGGGCUCAUACACAAUAAUAAUGAGACAACAAAUGUCAUUUGAUGGACUGGCCUGUCUCACUGUAGAAUGAUAAUAAAACAUUUCAAAUACA